UACAUCCAAUCUCUCUCUCUCUCUCUCUCUCUCUCUCUCUCUUCAGCUUUUCUUCAUCUGUCAGUACUGUAGAGGAAGUGAGUUGCAGAGAUGAGAGAUACAUAGAGAGAGAGAGAGAGAGAGAGAGUCAUCUCAUCUGAUUACAUAAAUAAAUAUAUUGUUUUAGUACUUUCCCCAGUUUCCAAUUCCAUAACCAAAACCAAGUGGGUGCUCUCAGCUCAGCUCAGCUCAGCUUUAGUUUGAAGGAGAGGAUUUGAUGAUAAUGGUGGUGGUGAUGAUGAUAGCAGCAGAGGAGACGGAGAAGAAGGAGAAGCACGUGCACCGUCGGAUCUCCAUCAUAUCAUCAUCAGUGUACUAGGCCUCGUCUCGGUUCGAUUCCAUUCUAUCGCAUCCAACAGGAGAAGCGAAACCCCUCCUAUGGGUUGAACCCGAGCUAGCUGCAUACCCGACCCAUCCCACAGCGUCUCCGAAUUAAGAUCGAAGAAGAUACAGCUUCCUGAUCAUUUUUCUGUUGAGUAUAAGUACCGUAUAUUGAUCGUAGAUAUGGCGACUUACUUCCACCAGAAUUCGGAUAUCCAAGCCCCCGAUGGGCUGCAGACUCUCGUUCUCAUGAACCCGAGCUACGUGCAGUAUUCUGCUGAUGCUCCGCCGGGGGGCAGUGGCAACUUUGUGUUCCUCAACUCCGCUGCUGCUGCCACCGCAUCGACGAGCCAUCUCGCCCACAUGCCGCAGCCGUCCCAGCAGCUCGUUGGGAUACCCCUGCCCACCAGCGCCACCACCACGACGGCCUCGCAGGACCACCGGAGCACCGUUCACGUGCAGCACGAGAUCUCCCCCUUGCAUGGUCUGAUCCCACGCCUGCAGUACAACCUUUGGAACCCCGUGGACCCGUCCGCAGCUGCGCGCGAGACACCACGCCCCUCCCACUCCCAGCAGGGGGGCUUGUCCCUCAGCCUCUCCUCCCAGCAGCCCCCCGGAUUCAGAUCAUUCCGCAACGAGCGUGAACCGCCACAGCCGGCGGCCUCUGGGGGCGGUGGCGGCGGGUCCCCGUCCUCGGCCUCAGCUUCAGGAGUCACUAACAACGGUGGUGGGGUCCCGGGGUUUCAGGGGAUGCUUCUGAGCUCCAAAUACUUGAAGGCGGCUCAGGAGCUCCUCGAUGAGGUCGUCAACGUCGGGGGCGGAAUGAACAAGGCCGACACCUCAAAGAAGGCCAGUAGCAGUGGGCAGAGCAAGGCGACAGGAGGAUCAUCUUCUUCAGCAGUCGCAGCGGCGGGAAAGGAAGACGGUAGCGGGAAGAGCAACAUGGCCGAGCUCUCCACAGCCGAGAGGCAGGAGAUUCAGAUGAAAAAGGCCAAGCUUAUCAACAUGCUUGAUGAGGUGGAGCAAAGAUACAGGCAGUACCACAACCAGAUGCGGAUAGUGAUCUCCUCGUUCGAGCAGGUUGCGGGAAUCGGGUCAGCUAAGACCUACACGGCUCUCGCCCUCCAGACAAUCUCAAAGCAGUUCCGGUGCCUGAAGGAUGCAAUAGCAUGCCAAAUAAAGGCCGCAAACAAGAGCCUGGGGGAAGAGGACAGCCCCGGUUGCAAGAUCGAAGGCUCGAGGCUCAAGUUUGUGGACCACCAGAUUCGGCAGCAGCGGGCCCUCCAGCAGUUGGGCAUGAUCCAGCACAAUGCUUGGAGACCCCAGAGAGGAUUGCCCGAGCGCUCCGUCUCGAUCCUCCGUGCUUGGCUCUUCGAGCACUUCCUCCACCCUUACCCCAAGGAUUCGGACAAGCACAUGCUUGCCAAGCAGACUGGGCUUACUAGGAGCCAGGUGUCUAACUGGUUUAUAAAUGCUCGGGUUCGGCUCUGGAAGCCUAUGGUGGAAGAGAUGUACGUGGAGGAAAUGAAGGAACAGGAAAAUAAUGGAAUGGACGAGAGAACUACAAGCAAGAGCAUCGGUCCGAAUGAGGACUCGGCUUUGAAAUCCUCGUCUCCUCAAGACAAGGGCCAUUCUAGCGAAAAUAUGUCAAGUAAGAGCUUCAAGUCCAAGGAAACCAAUUCUAUGACCCAGGAUGCACAGGCAAUCUCGACCAACUCCGCAUCCUCCAUCGGGGAAAGCCUCCGGGCUCCGCCUGGGUUCACUCUCAUUGGGUCGUCGGAGCUAGAAGGGAUCGCACAGGUCAGCCCGAAGAAGCCUAGGAGCACCGAGAUGUUGCAUUCCCCGACUAAUGUCUCGUCCCUCGAAGAUCAAGUGACAUUGAAGUUUGGGGACGAGAGGGCGCAAAGUCGGGAUGGCUACUCGAUCAUGGGUGCACCAGCGAACUUCAUAGGAGGAUUCGGGCAAUACCCCAUGGGGGAAAUAGGACGGUUUGGAGCAGAGCAGUUCGUUCCAAGCCCGACCUUCACCGGGAAUGGAGUCUCGCUGACUCUGGGGCUUCCGCACACUGAGAACCUCUCGCUGUCAAUCGACCACCACCAGGCUUUCCUCCCGAGCCAGAGCAUUCACCUGGGUAGACGGGUUGAAGUCGGGGAAGGGAACGAGUUCGGGGCCAUCAACAGCUCUAUCCCUCCUCCCCACUCUUCCACCGCAUACGAGAGCAUCAACAUUCAGAACCGGAAGAGGUUCGCAGCUCAAUUGUUGCCCGACUUCGUGGCCUGAUGCAGUUCCUAUUUUUGUUCCCUUCCAUUGUUGGGGAACAGAGUAUAGUUGCCAUGGUAGUGUAAAGAAAAGGAAAAUUUGCUUAGUAUAGGGGCCCUUAUACCUUUCCAUAGACGAGCUUUACUUGGGGUAUUUUAUUUAAACAAGAGUUUAGGAUUUUCAGAGAUAAUGCUUGGGGAUUGUAUAUUAUUUUUGUAAGUUCCGACGAACGAUGAUUCAUAGUUAUAUCGUAUCGAUGGAUCAUCAUAAUACUUUGAAGUAUAUAUAUAUAUAGAUAUAAAUGUUUCUCCUGACA